AUGAGGAGCCUCGCCGCGGCAAGCCUCCACCCGGGCGCCGCUUUCUCUGCCCGCCGCCGCCCCCUUCUUCACCCCGCCGCAGCCGGAAGGGACUCGACCUUCCAGGGGUGCUGGCGAUGCGAGAAAACUCAGGACAGCUCCUGUGGGAGCUCACUAAGGAUCAGCCGCCUUCCAAGAACUGUGCACAGAGAUAUUUCGAAGAAUUUGCUCGCACCAACUGCUGGUGCUGUUUCAGUUGAGCAAGCUGAAACUAUUGCUGACCUUCCAAAAGGUGACAUGUGGUCGGUGCACAAGUUUGGUGGCACAUGCAUGGGGACCUCUGAGAGAAUUCACAAUGUUGCUGAUAUAGUCCUUCGUGAUCCUUCUGAGAGGAAACUGGUAGUUGUAUCUGCAAUGUCUAAGGUUACCGACAUGAUGUACAAUCUUGUAAACAAGGCUCAAUCAAGGGAUGAUUCUUACAUUGCUGCACUGGAUGAAGUUUUUGUUAAGCAUAUGGCAACAGCAAAGGAUUUGUUUGCUGGAGAAGACCUUGCAAGAUUCCUGUCUCAGUUGCAUGCAGACAUCAGUAACCUAAAAGCGAUGCUUCGGGCCAUAUAUAUAGCUGGGCAUGCAACAGAGUCUUUCUCUGAUUUUGUUGUUGGUCAUGGAGAGUUAUGGUCUGCUCAAAUGUUAUCAUAUGCAAUACAGAAGUCUGGAACACCAUGCAGUUGGAUGGAUACAAGGGAAGUUCUAGUUGUGAACCCGUCAGGAGCCAACCAGGUAGAUCCUGACUAUUUGGAAUCAGAAAAACGACUUGAACAAUGGUUUUCUCAAUGUCCGGCUGAGACAAUAAUUGCUACUGGGUUUAUUGCGAGUACACCUGAAAACAUCCCAACAACCUUAAAAAGAGAUGGAAGUGAUUUCUCUGCAGCCAUAAUUGGUUCCCUUGUUAAGGCUCGCCAGGUGACCAUCUGGACUGAUGUUGAUGGGGUAUUUAGUGCAGACCCCAGAAAAGUUAGUGAGGCUGUGAUUUUAAGCACAUUGUCAUAUCAGGAGGCCUGGGAAAUGUCAUAUUUUGGGGCAAACGUCUUGCAUCCACGUACUAUUAUACCUGUGAUGAAAUAUAAUAUCCCUAUUGUUAUAAGGAACAUAUUCAAUACUUCUGCUCCUGGAACUAUGAUCUGUCAACAGCCUGCUAAUGAAAACGGUGAUUUGGAGGCUUGUGUCAAAGCUUUUGCAACUAUAGAUAAAUUGGCUUUGGUUAAUGUCGAAGGGACGGGAAUGGCUGGUGUCCCAGGUACGGCAAAUGCCAUAUUUGGUGCUGUGAAGGAUGUUGGAGCAAAUGUUAUCAUGAUAUCGCAGGCUAGCAGUGAACACUCUGUGUGCUUUGCUGUACCAGAAAAGGAAGUUGCAUCAGUUUCUGCAGUCUUGCAUGCUAGGUUUCGUGAAGCAUUGGCAGCAGGGAGGUUAUCUAAGGUUGAAGUCAUUCAUAAUUGUAGCAUCCUUGCUGCUGUCGGCCUGAGGAUGGCAAGUACACCUGGAGUCAGCGCGACCCUUUUUGAUGCACUAGCUAAGGCAAAUAUUAAUGUAAGGGCAAUAGCUCAAGGUUGCAGUGAGUACAACAUUACUGUUGUACUGAAGCAAGAAGACUGCGUGCGGGCUCUGAGGGCUGCCCACUCAAGGUUCUUCCUCUCCAAAACCACACUGGCUGUUGGAAUCAUUGGACCUGGGUUGAUUGGUCGCACACUACUUAAUCAGUUGAAGGAUCAGGCUGCUUCCCUCAAGGAAAAUUUGAACAUUGAUUUGCGUGUCAUGGGAAUAACUGGUUCUAGGACAAUGCUUUUAAGUGAUAUAGGAAUAGAUUUGACCCAGUGGAAAGAGAAGCUACAAACUGAAGCAGAACCUGCCAAUCUUGAUAAAUUUGUUCAUCAUUUGUCUGAGAAUCACUUAUUCCCUAACAGAGUUUUGGUAGAUUGUACAGCAGACACAAAUGUUGCAUCUCACUAUUAUGAUUGGCUAAAGAAAGGAAUCCAUGUCAUCACUCCAAACAAGAAAGCAAAUUCAGGGCCACUUGACAGGUAUCUGAAACUUAGAACUCUUCAGCGUGCAUCAUAUACUCAUUACUUCUAUGAAGCCACUGUUGGUGCUGGCCUCCCUAUUAUUAGCACUCUGCGUGGUCUCCUAGAGACAGGUGACAAGAUGUUGCGUAUUGAAGGGAUUUUCAGUGGAACGUUAAGUUAUAUUUUUAACAACUUUGAAGGAGCAAGAACCUUUAGUGAUGUUGUUGCUGAAGCAAAAGAAGCCGGAUACACGGAACCAGAUCCAAGAGAUGAUCUGUCUGGUACUGAUGUUGCCAGGAAGGUCAUAAUCCUUGCAAGGGAAUCUGGUUUGAGGCUUGAGCUUUCUGAUAUUCCAGUACGAAGUCUUGUGCCAGAGGCACUUAGGUCAUGUACAUCAGCCGAUGAAUACAUGCAAAAAUUACCAUCUUUUGACCAGGACUGGGCAAGAGAGAGGAAAGAUGCUGAAGCUGCAGGAGAAGUUUUGCGGUAUGUUGGAGUUGUGGAUGUAGUCAACAAGAAGGGGCAGGUAGAGUUGCGACGCUACAAGAGGGACCACCCAUUUGCGCAGUUAUCUGGUUCUGACAACAUCAUAGCCUUUACCACCUCGAGGUACAAGGAGCAACCACUGAUCGUACGAGGUCCGGGGGCUGGUGCAGAAGUUACUGCAGGAGGCGUCUUCAGCGACAUACUGCGUCUAUCUUCUUACCUUGGUGCUCCCUCGUAA